GGCUCCGUCGCCAUAGCGACCGGCGCUGGCGCCCGCGAAGGCUUGCGGGCCGGCCGGCGGGCUGCGCGUGUGGGCGCAGGUGGGCUCCGGCGGCGGCGGCGGCGGGGGGCCGCUGUCUUCCUCCGGCCUGGCCGCCGCCAUGGCGGGCGGCAGCGGCGACGUGCGGAAGGUCUUCCUCUUGACCACGACCCAGAAUUACUUCGGACUGGUGUCGGAGCCCUGGGACCAGCCGCUGACGUACAGCUGCCCUGAAAUCAACAACUUCCUGGACGACGGCAACCAGAUGCUCCUCCGGGUGCAGCGCACCGACGCCGGCGUCUCCUUCUCCAACGCGAUUGAUUUUGCUGACACAAAAGAUAAAGUGCUGGUGUUUUUCAAGCUGCGACCUGAAGUAAUUACUGAUCAGAAUCUACAUAAUAACAUUCUUGUUUCAUCUAUGUUAGAAUCACCUAUAAAUUCUCUUUACCAAGCAGUACGGCAAAUAUUUGCACCAAUGUUGUUAAAGGAUCAGGAAUGGAGCAGAAACUUUGAUCCCAAACUUCAGAAUCUUUUGAGUGAACUAGAAACUGGGUUGGGUAUAGUUCUACGAAGAUCAGACAUUAACUCAUCAAAAUUGAAAUUUAAGGAAGAUGAUACACGAGGUAUUCUAACACCAAGUGAUGAGUUCCAGUUUUGGGUAGAACAAGCUCAUCGUGGAAAUAAACAGAUUAAUAAAGAAAGAGCCAGUUAUUUUAAAGAAUUAUUUGAAACAGUUGCAAGAGAAUUUUAUAACUUGGACGGUCUCUCCUUAUUGGAGGUGGUUGACUUGGUGGAGACCACUCGGGAUGUUGUAGAUGAUGUGUGGAGACAAACAGAGCAUGAUCACUAUCCUGAGUCACGAAUGUUACAUCUCUUAGAUAUCAUAGGUGGUUCAUUUGGAAGAUUUGUUCAGAAAAAAUUGGGAACUUUGAAUCUGUGGGAAGAUCCUUAUCAUCUCGUGAAAGACAAUCUGAAAGCUGGUAUUUCAAUUUGUGAACAGUGGGUGGCCGCCUGUAAUCACCUAACAGGUCAGGCGUGGCAGCGCUAUGUCCCUCAUCCAUGGAAAAAUGAGAAAUACUUCCCUGAAACACUUGACAAACUUGGCAAACGCCUCGAAGAGGUUUUGGCUGUUAGAACAAUUCAUGAGAAACUUCUUUAUUUUUUACCUGCCAGUGAAGAGAAGAUCAUAUGCCUGACUCGAGUAUUUGAACCUUUUACUGGCCUGAAUCCUGUGCAGUAUAAUCCAUAUACUGAGCCUUUAUGGAAAGCUGCAGUGUCUCAAUAUGAAAAAAUUAUUGCACCUGCGGAACAAAAAAUAGCAGGAAAAUUGAAAAAUUAUAUUUCAGAAAUUCAGGAUAGUCCACAGCAGCUUCUUCAAGCAUUUCUGAAAUAUAAAGAGUUGGUGAAGCGUCCAACUAUAAGUAAAGAAUUGAUGUUAGAAAGAGAAACUUUGCUGGCAAGACUUGUGGACUCAGUUAAAGAUUUUCGGUUAGACUUUGAGAAUCGAUGCCGAGGAGUUCCUGGUGAAGCAUCUGGACCACUUUCUGGCAAAAACCUUUCGGAAGUUGUUAAUAAUAUAGUUUGGGUUCGCCAGUUGGAACUGAAGGUGGAUGAUACUAUCAAGAUUGCAGAAGCUCUUUUAUCUGACUUGUCAGGAUUUCGAUCUUUCCAUCGAAGUGCUGAAGAUCUCUUAGACCAGUUUAAACUGUAUGAACAAGAACAAUUUGACGAUUGGUCCCGGGACAUUCAGUCUGGUUUGUCUGAUUCCAGAUCUGGUUUGUGUAUCGAGGCUAAUAGUCGAAUUAUGGAAUUGGAUCCUAACGACGGAUCAUUAAGAGUGCAUUAUUCAGAUAGGUUGGUGAUUCUUCUGAGAGAAGUUCGUCAGCUCUCUGCACUUGGCUUUGUUAUUCCUGCCAAAAUACAGCAAGUUGCAAACAUUGCACAGAAAUUCUGCAAGCAAGCAAUUAUUCUUAAACAAGUGGCACAUUUUUACAAUUCUAUUGAUCAACAAAUGAUUCAAAGUCAGAGACCAAUGAUGCUACAGUCUGCAUUAGCAUUUGAACAGAUAAUUAAGCAUUCAAAAGCAGGAAGUGGGGGAAAGUCACAGAUUACUUGGGAUAAUCCUAAAGAAUUAGAAGGCUACAUCCAAAAACUCCAAAAUGCUGCUCAGCGACUUGCCACCGAAAACAGAAAACUGAGAAAAUGGCACACUACGUUUUGUGAGAAGGUGGUAGUUCUUAUGAAUAUUGAUCUGCUUCGGCAGCAACAGCGUUGGAAAGAUGGAUUACAAGAAUUGAGAACUGGAUUAGCCAGUGUAGAAGCUCAGGGGUUCCAGGCGAGUGACAUGAUUGCGUGGAGGCAGCACCUGAACCACCAGCUGUACAAAGCUCUGGAGCAUCAGUACCAGGUGGGCCUGGAGGCUCUCAGCGAGCACCUGCCCGAGAUCCGCGUGGACCUGACCUACAAACAGGGACGGUUACAGUUCAGGCCUCCUUUUGAAGAAAUCCGGGCUAAAUAUUACAGAGAAAUGAAGAGGUUCAUCGGCAUUCCCAAUCAGUUUAAGGGAGUGGGUGAGGCCGGCGAUGAGUCUAUUUUUUCUGUUAUGAUUGAUAGAAAUGCAAGUGGAUUUUUGACUAUUUUCAGCAAAGCUGAAGAUCUGUUUAGGAGAUUAUCAGCUGUUUUACAACAACAUAAGGAAUGGAUUGUAAUUGGGCAAGUUGAUAUGGAAGCUCUAGUGGAAAAGCAUCUUUCUACCGUCCAUGAUUGGGAGAGAAAUUUUAAAGCACUGAAAAUAAAAGGGAAAGAAGUAGAGCGACUUCCAAGUGUGGUCAAGGUAGAUUGUUUAAAUAUUAAUUGUAACCCUGUGAAGACUGUGAUUGAUGAUCUCAUCCAGAAGUUAUUUGAUACGCUUGUUCUUUCUUUGAAGAAGUCCAUCCAGGCUCACCUACAUGAAAUUGAUACGUUUGUUACUGAGGCUAUGGAAGUUUUAACAGUUAUGCCCCAGUCUGUGGAGGAGAUCGGCGAUGCAAAUUUACAGUAUAGUAAGCUACAAGAACGGAAACCAGAGGUGAGGAUUGCAAAGUAAAAAAAUGUUAGAAAUAAAAUAUGAAAGGGAAGUGAGGUUUUCUCUGAACUGAAUUAUAUAAACUCUUGACUCUUACAGAUUGAAGUAAUGAAAGGAAAUGUGAAGUCACGUCUUCAGAUCUACUAUCAAGAACUGGAAAAAUUUAAAGCUCGUUGGGACCAACUAAAGCCUGGUGACGAUAUUAUUGAAACUGGCCAGCAAAAUGCUCUUGAUGCAAGUGCCAGAUCAAUGAAAGAGAAAAGACUUGAGUUUGAUGAUCUUGAAGCCGUAAGGAAGAAGCUGGUUGAUGAUUGCCAUCAUUUUGGACUAGAAGAGCCCAACUUGUCCUUGGUGUAUAGCAUCUCCAAGGACAUUGAGAGCUGUGCACAGAUUUGGGCGCUUUAUGAAGAGUUUCAGCGGGGGCUUCAGGAAAUGGCCAGCGAAGACUGGAUUACGUUUCGGACUAAGACGUAUCUGUUGGAGGAGUUCUUGAUGACUUGGCACGACAGGUUACGGAAAGUGGAAGAACAUUCGGCCAUGACCGUGAAGUUGCAGUCAGAAGUCGACAGAUACAAAACUGUGAUACCUAUUUUGAAAUAUGUGAGAGGAGAGCAUCUAUCUCCAGAUCACUGGCUUGACCUUUUUCGUCUACUUGGUCUUCCUCGGGGGACUUGCCUGGAGAAGUUACUGUUUGGUGAUCUCCUCAGAGUAGCUGACACGAUUGUUGCCAAAGCUUCAGACCUUAAAGAUUUAAAUAGUCGGGCACAAGGUGAGGUUACAAUCAGAGAAGCUUUACGUGAACUUGAUCUUUGGGGAGUUGGAGCAGUAUUUACCUUGAUUGAUUACGAAGACAGCCAAAGUCGAACUAUCAAGCUAAUUAAAGACUGGAAAGACAUAGUGAAUCAAGUUGGAGAUAACAGGUGCCUUCUUCAGUCCUUAAAGGAUUCUCCUUAUUAUAAAGGAUUUGAAGAUAAAGUGUCAAUUUGGGAAAGAAAACUUGCAGAAUUAGAUGAAUACCUACAGAGUUUAAACCAUAUUCAGAGGAAGUGGGUAUAUCUGGAACCCAUUUUUGGCCGUGGAGCAUUGCCAAAAGAACAGACACGCUUCAACAGAGUUGAUGAGGAUUUUCGGUCAAUAAUGGCUGACAUCAAGAAAGACAAUAGAGUCACAACGUUAACUACCCACGCGGGAAUCAGAAAUUCUCUGCUGACGAUACUUGAUCAGCUUCAAAGAUGUCAGAAAUCAUUAAAUGAGUUUCUGGAGGAGAAACGCUCAGCGUUCCCCAGGUUUUAUUUCCUCGGUGACGAUGACCUGCUGGAGGUGCUGGGCCAGUCGACUAGCCCCUCGGUGAUCCAGUCGCACCUCAAAAAGCUGUUUGCUGGUAUUAACAGUGUGUGCUUCGAUGAAGAAUCUAAACAUAUAACUGCAAUGAAAUCUUUAGACGGAGAAGUUGUACCUUUUAAAAAUAAAGUUCUUCUAUCAAAUAAUGUAGAGACCUGGUUAAAUAAUUUAGCCUUGGAAAUGAAGCAGACUUUGAAGCAGUUGUUGAUAGAAUGUGUUACUGCUGGACGAAGUUGUCAAGGUUCAGUUGACCCAUCCUCGUUCCCUUCACAGAUACUAUGUUUGGCAGAGCAGAUUAAAUUCACUGAAGAUGUAGAAAAUGCUAUCAAAGACCAUAGUCUUCAUCAGAUUGAAACACAGCUGGUGACUAAGCUAGAGCACUAUACUGCCGUUGAUACAAGUUCGGAGGAUCCAGGGAACACUGAAUCUGGCAUUCUGGAGCUUAAACUUAAAGCAUUGAUUCUUGAUAUUAUUCAUAAUAUUGAUGUGGUAAAGCAGUUAAACCAAGUUCAAGUUCAUACAACUGAAGACUGGGCCUGGAAAAAACAAGUCAGAUUUUAUAUGAAAAGUGAUCACACGUGUUAUGUGCAAAUGGUGGAUUCUGAACUUCAGUAUACUUACGAGUAUCAGGGCAAUGCUCCCAAGCUGGUUUAUACGCCGCUGACGGACAAGUGCUACCUCACCCUCACUCAAGCCAUGAAGAUGGGUCUCGGAGGAAACCCUUACGGGCCAGCUGGGACUGGAAAAACUGAAUCAGUCAAGGCCUUGGGUGGACUUCUUGGAAGACAAGUUUUAGUCUUUAAUUGUGAUGAGGGCAUCGAUGUGAAGUCAAUGGGACGAAUUUUUGUUGGUUUGGUAAAGUGUGGGGCCUGGGGCUGUUUUGAUGAAUUCAAUAGACUAGAAGAAUCUGUGCUGUCAGCCGUGUCUACACAGAUCCAGACAAUUCAAGACGCUUUGAAGAAUCACAGAACUGUGUGCGAACUGCUUGGCAAGGAGGUAGAAAUAAAUUCUAAUUCUGGAAUUUUUAUCACAAUGAAUCCUGCUGGAAAGGGUUAUGGAGGACGACAGAAGCUACCUGACAAUCUUAAACAGCUUUUCAGGCCAGUAGCCAUGUCUCGUCCAGACAAUGAGCUUAUUGCAGAAGUUAUUCUGUAUUCAGAAGGCUUCAAGGAUGCCAAAGUCUUGGGCAGAAAAUUGGUAGCUAUCUUCAAUCUCUCCAGGGAACUUUUGACGCCUCAGCAACAUUACGACUGGGGUCUGAGAGCCUUGAAGACUGUUCUUAGAGGAAGUGGAGGCCUUCUUAGGCAGCUGAAGAAAAGCGGCAUUAAACAGAAUGUUGAUGAAAGUCAAAUUGUGGUACAAGCGCUGAGGCUUAAUACAAUGUCAAAGUUUACGUUUGCUGACUGCUCACGGUUUGAUGCGCUGAUUAAAGAUGUGUUUCCUGGGAUCGACUUGAGAGAAGUGGAAUAUGGUGAACUGAGUUCUGCACUACAGCGAGUCUUUGAGGAGGCCAGCUAUGAAAUCAUACCGGAUCAGAUCAAGAAGGCUUUAGAAUUGUAUGAACAGUUACGCCAAAGAAUGGGAGUUGUCAUUGUUGGCCCAAGUGGUGCUGGGAAAUCAACCCUGUGGAGGAUGUUAAGGGCAGCGCUGGGCAGAAUUGGCAAAGUGGUCAAACAGUAUACCAUGAAUCCCAAAGCUAUGCCUCGACGUCAGCUGUUAGGCCAUAUUGACAUGGAUACCAGGGAAUGGUCUGAUGGCGUUUUGACAAACAGCGCUCGCCAAGUGGUCCGAGAACCUCAAGAUGUCAGCUCAUGGAUAAUAUGUGAUGGUGAUAUUGACCCCGAAUGGAUAGAGUCCCUGAAUUCAGUUCUGGAUGACAAUCGACUCCUCACCAUGCCCAGCGGAGAAAGGAUUCAGUUUGGCCCAAAUGUUAACUUUAUAUUUGAAACUCAUGAUUUAAGUUGUGCCUCGCCAGCCACAAUAUCUAGAAUGGGAAUGAUCUUUCUUAGUGAUGAAGAGACAGAUGUUAAUUCUCUGAUAAAAUCUUGGUUGAAGAAUCAGCCUCCUAAUUAUAGGAAUAAUCUUGAAAACUGGAUUGGAGAUUACUUUGAAAAGGCUUUACAGUGGAUUCUGAAGCAGAAUGACUAUGUGGUUGAAACAAGUUUGGUUGGGACUGUGAUGAACGGUCUGUCACAUCUACGUGGAUGCCAAAAUCAUGACCAGUUUAUUAUUAAUCUCAUACGGGGACUUGGCGGAAAUCUGAACAUGAAAUCACGUCUGGAAUUCACCAAAGAGGUUUUUAAUUGGGCACGAGAAUCUCCUCCAGACCCUCACAAACCAAUGGAUACUUACUAUGACUCGAGUAGAGGACGAUUAGCAUCUUACGUGCUGAAGAAGCCAGAAAACUUGACGGCCGAUGAUUUCAGUAAUGGCCAGACUCUCCCCGUCAUUCAGAUUCCUGACAUGCAGCGAGGGCUGGAUUAUUUCAAACCGUGGUUAAGUUCUGAUACUAAACAGCCAUUUAUUCUUGUAGGACCAGAAGGAUGUGGCAAAGGGAUGCUGCUAAGGUAUGCCUUUUCCCAGCUCCGGUCCACUCAGAUCGCUGCAGUUCACUGUAGUGCCCAGACCACGUCUCGGCAUCUCCUGCAGAAGCUGAGCCAGACCUGCAUGGUGAUCAGUACUAACACGGGUCGCGUGUACAGACCGAAGGACUGUGAGAGACUUGUUCUGUACCUGAAAGAUAUCAACCUGCCCAAGCUUGACAAAUGGGGCACUAGCACUUUGGUUGCUUUCCUGCAACAGGUACUGACAUAUCAAGGAUUUUAUGAUGAAAAUUUGGAAUGGGUUGGUUUAGAAAAUAUUCAGAUUGUGGCUUCUAUGUCAGCUGGAGGAAGACUGGGAAGACAUAAGCUGACCACCAGAUUUACUUCCAUUGUUCGUCUUUGUGCUGUGGAUUACCCAGAAAGAGAGCAAUUACAGACAAUUUAUGGAGCAUAUUUGGAACCCGUUCUCCAUAAAAAUCUGAAGAAUCACUCUAUUUGGGGCUCUUCAUCAAAAAUCUACCUCUUAGCGGGAUCUAUGGUCCAAGUCUAUGAACAGGUGCGGGCCAAAUUUACAGUUGAUGAUCAUAGUCACUAUUUCUUUACUCCUUGCAUCCUUACCCAGUGGGUUCUUGGCUUAUUCAGAUAUGAUUUAGAAGGAGGAUCCUCAAAUCACCCACUAGAUCAUGUAUUAGAAAUCGUAGCUUAUGAAGCACGGCGCUUAUUUCGUGACAAAAUUGUUGGUGCCAAGGAACUUCAUUUAUUUGACAGCAUUUUAACAUCUGUGUUUCAAGGAGAUUGGGGCUCAGAUGUAUUAGACAAUAUGGCAGACAGUUUCUAUGUUACAUGGGGAGCCCGACACAACUCAGGAAUAAGGGUGGCCCCAGGACAGUCACUGCCUCCCCAUGGAAAACCACUCGGAAAACUGAAUUCUGCGGAUCUCAAGGAUGUUAUUAGAAAGGGCCUCAUUCAUUAUGGACGAGAUAGCCAGAAUUUAGAUAUUUUACUUUUCCAAGAAAUGCUGGAGUAUAUGUCUCGGAUCGACAGGGUGCUGAGCUUCCCUGGAGGCUCCCUCCUCCUGGCAGGACGGAGUGGCGUGGGCCGGCGGACCAUUACUUCCCUCGUCAGUCAUAUGCAUGGAGCCGUGCUGUUUUCUCCAAAGAUUUCCAGAGGCUAUGAACUGAAGCAGUUCAAAAAUGAUCUCAAACACGUGCUGCAUCUUGCAGGGAUUGAAGCCCAGCAGGUGGUUCUGCUUCUCGAGGAUUACCAGUUCGUGCAUCCUGCGUUUCUGGAGAUGAUCAAUAGCCUUUUGUCUUCAGGUGAAGUUCCUGGACUCUAUACCCUGGAAGAAUUAGAGCCUUUGCUGUUGCCUCUCAAGGAUGAGGCUUCGCAGGAUGGUUUUUUCGGACCAGUCUUCAAUUACUUCACAUAUAGAAUUCAACAAAACUUGCAUAUCGUCUUGAUAAUGGAUUCUGCAAAUUUAAACUUCAUAAUAAACUGUGAGAGUAAUCCAGCUUUGCAUAAGAAAUGCCAGGUGUUGUGGAUGGAGGGUUGGUCAGAUAGCAGCAUGAGGAAAAUACCUGAAAUGUUAUUCAGUGAAACAGAUGGCGAAGAAAAAUACAGCGACAAAAAAAGGAAAGUAGAAAAGAAAAAAAACUCAGUUGAUCCUGAUUUUCUAAAAUCAUUUUUAUUAAUCCAUGAAUCUUGUAAAGCAUGUGGUGCUACCCCAAGCCGAUACAUGACCUUUUUACGCGUGUAUUCUGCCAUCAGUAGCAGCAAGAAAAACGAACUGUUAAAAAGACAAAGUCAUUUGCAGGCUGGUGUGUCUAAACUGAAUGAAGCUAAAGCUCUUGUGGACGAGCUGAACAGAAAAGCUGGAGAACAAAGUGUGUUACUUAAAACUAAGCAAGACGAAGCAGAUGCUGCUCUGCAAGAGAUCACAGUGUCAAUGCAGGAUGCUAGUGAGCAAAAGACAGAACUUGAAAGACUGAAGCACAAAAUAGCAGAAGAAGUUGUUAAAAUUGAAGAAAGAAAAAACAAAAUUGACGAUGAAUUAAAGGAGGUGCAGCCUCUAGUCAAUGAAGCUAAACUAGCAGUUGGAAACAUUAAGCCAGAAUCUCUUUCAGAAAUUCGCUCACUGCGUAUGCCACCUGAUGUCAUCAGAGAUAUUCUUGAGGGCGUUUUAAGGUUGAUGGGUAUCUUUGAUACAUCUUGGGUGAGCAUGAAAAGUUUCCUUGCAAAAAGAGGUGUAAGAGAAGACAUAGCAACUUUUGAUGCACGAAAUAUUCCCAAGGAAAUAAGAGAGAGCGUUGAAGAACUUCUUUAUAAAAAUAAGGGAUCUUUUGAUUCAAAGAAUGCGAAGCGGGCCAGCACGGCGGCCGCCCCUCUGGCUGCGUGGGUCAGAGCAAACGUCCAGUACUCCCACGUCCUGGAGCGCAUUCAGCCUCUGGAAACUGAGCAAGCGGGAUUAGAAUCAAAUUUGAAGAAAACUGAAGACAGAAAAAGGAAACUAGAGGAGCUUCUAAAUUCUGUUGGCCAGAAAGUAUCAGAACUCAAAGAGAAAUUCCAGAGCAGGACGUCAGAAGCCACCAAACUGGAAGCUGAAGUGAGCAGAGCGCAGGAGACAAUCCAAGCCGCGGAGGUCCUGAUCAGUCAGCUCAAUAGAGAGCACAAGCGCUGGAAUGCACAGGUUGCAGAGAUAACAGAGGAAUUAGCUACUCUUCCUAAGAGAGCUCAGCUAGCUGCUGCAUUUAUUACGUAUCUUUCUGCUGCUCCUGAAGGUCUGAGAAAAACCUGUUUGGAAGAAUGGACCAAAUCAGCUUGUCUUGAAAAAUUUGAUCUAAGGAGAUUUCUUUGUACUGAAAGUGAGCAGUUAAUUUGGAAAAGUGAAGGCCUACCAUCCGAUGACCUUUCCAUAGAAAAUGCUCUUGUUAUCUUGCAGAGUCAAGUAUGCCCAUUCCUUAUAGACCCUUCUUCUCAAGCUACAGAGUGGUUAAAGACACAUUUGAAAGACUCACGUUUGGAAGUUAUUAACCAGCAGGAUAGUAACUUUAUUACAGCUCUUGAGUUGGCGGUACGUUUUGGGAAAACCCUUAUUAUACAAGAGAUGGAUGGUGUAGAACCUGUUCUUUAUCCAUUAUUGAGACGAGAUCUGGUUGCUCAAGGACCGCGUUAUGUGGUACAAAUAGGUGACAAAAUUAUUGACUACAAUGAAGAAUUCCGCCUUUUCUUGUCAACAAGAAACCCGAAUCCCUUCAUCCCGCCAGAUGCAGCCUCCAUCAUUACGGAGGUUAACUUCACUACAACAAGAAGUGGGUUGCGAGGACAGCUUUUGGCUUUAACUAUUCAGCAUGAGAAACCUGACUUAGAGGAGCAGAAAACAAAACUAUUACAACAGGAAGAAGAUAAGAAAAUACAGUUAGCCAAGCUUGAGGAAUCUCUUUUAGAGACACUUGCCACAUCCCAAGGGAAUAUUUUGGAAAAUAAGGAUUUGAUUGAAUCUUUGAAUCAGACAAAAGCAAGCAGUGCACUUAUUCAGGAGUCACUGAAAGAAUCUUACAAACUCCAGAUUUCCCUUGACCAAGAGCGGGACGCCUACCUUCCUCUGGCCGAGAAUGGCAGCAAGAUGUACUUCAUUAUCUCUGACUUGUCCAAAAUUAAUAACAUGUACCGUUUUAGUUUGGCUGCAUUUCUCCGACUUUUCCAGCGAGCUCUGCAAAACAAACAGGAUUCUGAAAAUACAGAACAGAGAAUCCAGUCUCUUAUCAGCUCAUUAAAACAUAUGGUCUAUGAAUAUAUAUGCCGUUGUCUAUUUAAGGCUGAUCAGUUGAUGUUCGCUUUGCAUUUUGUUCGAGGCAUGCAUCCUGAACUUUUUCAAGAAAAUGAAUGGGAUACGUUUACAGGUGUGGUUGUUGGAGACAUGUUGCGGAGAUCUGACUCUCAGCAGAGGAUCCGGGAUCAGCUCCCGUCUUGGAUAGACCAGGAACGAAGCUGGGCGGUGGCGACACUGAAGGUAUUCAGGACUUUUCUACUGUGGGGAGUACUUAAACUUCUUCUCUAUUUGAGUUAUCUGUUUAUUUUUUUUACGUGCUCCCUAUUAAUACUCAGUGUUGAUAUUUCUGUGUAUAUGCCAUCAAAUCCCUGGGUAAAAGGAUAUCAGAGAAUUAAUUAUUCUAUUCUGAUUAGUCCUUUAAUCCUUAGUUAAAUCUUUCAUUCAACA